ACACCACUCCAUUCUUCUUCCUCUCUUCCUCCCACCACUCUUGAAGAAAAAAAAAAUGCUUUGUUGGUGCGGCUAAGCCCGAUCUUCCUCAUCAAUUUUUUCUUUAGUUUGGUAGUUCUAUCACUCAAAAUUGCCGAGGUGGACCAGAGUAUUUACGAUCCUAGAUUAUACAUUUAAGGCGGACCGCGAGAAACCGAUUUGUUGGAUGAGCAACCUUACCAUCGGUAUAGACCGAGUGUUUGGGCGGCAGACCCGGUAAGCAUUUCCUCAUGUACUUUUCUUUUUUUAAAUGCAAUAGUAUUCUUUUAAUUUUGGGUUAAUAUUUUCGUAUUGCCUGAACUUUGACCAAAAUAAACAUCCUGGCCAAUCUUUUCGAUCUAAUACAUCCUGGCCCGAACUAUACACCAAAAUAAACAAUUUGGCCAAACCCGAUGUUUGGCCGUUAACUUGGACGGUCAAACGCGUUGACUAACGGUCAACGCGCCACGUCACUGCCAAUCAGAAGAUCUGAUAAAUAUUUAAUUUUUUUCGUUUUUUUAUUUUUGGUUUAACUAAGGUAUUAGAUGAUUUUUUUAAUUUAUAAUAAUUUAAAAUGAGGGAAUGUGUGGAAAUUGUGAAUUAUUUUAAAUAUUUUAUGCUGACUUGGCAAUGACAUUGCGCGUUGACUAACGGUCAACGUGUAUGACCGUCCAAGUUAACGGUCAAAAGUCGGAUAUGGCCAAAUUGUUUAUUUUGGUGUAUAGUUCGGGCCAGGAUGUUAUAGAUCGAAAAGAUUGGCCAGGAUGUUUCUUUUGGUCAAAGUUCAGGCCAUACUAAAAUAUUAACUCUUUAAUUUUUUCAUAUAAUAAUUAAGGGUUUUUCUAUAGGAACAACUUGACGUAAUCACUCAUCGGUUGCUAUCUCGCUUGCCUGCAUGGGAUGUUCGGAUCGAGCCCUUCAUUGAAAGAGCGUGAUUGCUAAGGGUGCGAAACUUUGUGGGGAUGGAGAUGGACAACAACCUUCUUACGACAGUGGUGGAAAGAUGGAGAAAAGAAACGCAUACAUUCCACCUUCUGGAGGGAGAGAUGACGAGUACGCUGAAGAACGUGACCAUGUUGACAGAGCUUCCAAUCAAUGGUUAUGCCAUGCUAAAGAGUUCAAAGAAACCAUUGAAUGGUUGGGUCCAAUUUAUAAGCGAACGUUUAGGCAUCAACAUCUCCGAGGAAGCACCACAAGGUCGUCGUAUACCACCUCUACACAAGUCUAUGUUAUCGAUCCCUUGACUAGUGAGAAUCGCUGGAGAGUUACCGGAGGAUGCCACAGAUUCUCAGAUAGAGAGGUAUGCUCGCAUCUACCUGAUUCGUUUGGUUGGAGGAUUUUUGUUUCCGAACAAGUCUUGUGGAAAUAUGCAUUGUAUGUGGCUCCGAGUUCUUUGGAAGAUUGGGACGAGAUUGGGAGAAAAGGUUGGGGAUCUGCUUGUUUGGCGAUGAUAUAUGUGGAGCUGUGCAAGUGUACGGACCCGAAAACAAAGCAAGCGGGUGGUGCCAUGUUCAUCCUCCAACUAUGGGUUUGGGAGCACCUUUCUACUUUCGCUCCGAUCUGCCCUGCCAACAGUUGGUGUCCCGAAGAGCCACUACGACAAGCGACUUAUGGUGCUAGAUGAAUUGGAGCUAUCACGGGACUCUCCUCUCUAUGGUGAAGGUAAAAUAUGCACUGGGAAUUUAUGCAUUUGGGGUUGGAAAAGGAAUGCAACAGUAUGAAAUAAGUAUGAUGGAUGGUGGGAUCACUGAAGAAAGAAAGAACAACCAACUUGCUACUGGAAUUGUAGAAAUUAAGUUACCCAGAAAUUCCAAAUAUGCAACCUAAGGGAACAAAAGAGAGAAUUAAGUAAGACUUAGGAGUAUCUCGAUUGGCUGAGCUUGUAUUGUCAUAAACCAAACCAGUUGGUCCAAAUAACUCGAGUUGUUGGGAGAAGAUUAUGUUGGAUCUUAUACAGUUCCAUGUAUGGUACUUAAUCACUUCCUUACAUGUAUAAUGUUGAACUACCCCAGAUUUCGUUGCAUGAUAUAUGUAUAACAAAUCGCCCUAAGAAAAUGGGUUAAUAGUUGCAAUGCCUAUAAACGAUAGCAACCCCUGCUUAGUUUAAUCAAGUUCCCUCUACAAAUGGCGAUUACCAACCGAAGUCAAAUUAGUACGUUUCAUCUUAGUAAAUGUGAUACAUUCAGAGAUUCAAGCAGAAAGAUGGUUGAUGGAUUUUUUUCUACUUCUUCCAUAUGAUUCUCUACAAAAAAGGGCGCUUGUAGUAGAAUCAAAAUCGGAUUAAAAGUAGAAUCCAAAAGACGAAGGGGAAAAGCAUGAGAAGGGAGAGUGCCAACUAACCAAAUAUCGGGGACAUGGAUAUUGAGGGAGGGCAAGCCGAAGGUGCUAGAUUGCAGAGAUGGUCUCCUGUGGUAGUGAAAUUGACGCAGAUUGGGAAGAAUGAUUCAGCGGGAACUAUAUAUUAGAAAGGGUACAAAACCUGAAAAGCAAGAUUCGGUUAGGGCUCUCCCUGGAGAAGAUGAAUGGUGAAGAUUUCGGGAGAUAGAUCAGCAAUGCAUGAAUAACAAGAAGAGGGAGAUUGUGGUUAGGGCUCCGAAGGUGGAUUCAGAGGAGCCAAGGAUUUCCUCUGCAGGAAGACUGGAAAGAGAGUCGAAGAGAUUUUGUUUGGCGGGCUGACGUGGAUGUCUAAAUUUCCAGAAGAGCAGACUUAUUAGACUAUGCUGACGUGGACGCAUGAGAGGAGGAGAAAUUUGAAUCGGUGAAGCCAUUUUCGAGAAAUCGGAUUAAAAGUAGAAUCCAAAAGACGAAGGGGAAAAGCAUGAGAAGGGAGAGUGCCAACUAACCAAAUAUCGGGGACAUGGAUAUUGAGGGAGGGCAAGACGAAGGUGCUAGAUUGCAGAGAUGGUCUCCUGUGGUAGUGAAAUUGACGCAGAUUGGGAAGAAUGAUUCAGCGGGAACUAUAUAUUAGAAAGGGGACAAAACCUGAAAAGCAAGAUUCGGUUAGGGCUCUCGCUGGAGAAGAUGAAUGGUGAAGAUUUCGGGAGAUAGAUCAGCAAUGCAUGAAUAACAAGAAGAGGGAGAUUGUGGUUAGGGCUCCGAAGGUGGAGUCAGAGGAGCCAAGGAUUUCCUCUGCAGGAAGACUGGAAAGAGAGUCGAAGAGAUUUUGUUUGGCGGGCUGACGUGGAUGUCUAAAUUUCCAGGAGAGCAGACUUAUUAGGCUAUGCUGACGUGGACGCGUGAGAGGAGGAGAAAUUUGAAUCGGUGAAGCCAUUUUCGAGAAACCGCUUAUUAUAUUCUUUUGAUUGAUUUUGAUUUUGAUUUAGAUGAUACCAAAAUGGAGCAGUGUUGAAGCAGAAUCACUGCUCCUAAACCUCCUUACCGACAAGGCACGACGAAGAAAGAAAAUAUAAAAAUUAUGAUAACAAUCCCCUAUUGUAUGGGAUGGGUUAAGGUGUUAAAACCCCUUCCGUUAUUCUCAUGUUAACUCAAUUAUCAAGGAAAUUAGGGUAACUACAGUAUGUUAAACAAAACAUAAACAGAGACAAACGACACAUGAUUUCUAAGGGCGGUUGCACUCAUCUAAGUGACCACAAGUGGAAUAAAAUAUUUGUAGUGACAAACAUGAAUUCUAUUAGUAAUUCCCUUGACCAAACUUGCAAUAUACCAAAAAACAACAAAUGUAAAGCUCAAUGAAAAAUAAGUCACAUUUCACAGCCAAAUUUAGUAUCCAAAUAACACCUCCAAAUCUCUCUUAUUUUCUAAUAUAAAAGUAUUAAUUGACUCUCUCUACUCUCUCUCUAAAAGAGUGAUGUGAAAAUGUGGAGAAAAAAAUGAAAGGGAUGUGAAAAAUGAGAACAAAAUAAUGAAACAAGAAAAAUCAUUUAUGUUGGUUAAGACUUAAGACUACCAUGAGUCAUAUUUGUUGAGUGCAUGUCCCUCGUAAGGCAUAUUAUACAGAAACUCGGGAAUAAUUUGUGAGUCAUUCAUUAUCAAAAUGACUUGUUUGCUAAAGAUUAAAACGCAUGAGUUAUUUCGUUCACUCAAAUGACUCUACCGAAUCAUUUUCAAAUGUCUUCUCUUUCCUUGAGUCAUUUCUAAUUGAAUAUGUCCUUGCCUUUUUUUAACUCAUUUCUUUCAUUCCCUUUCUAUUAUUUGUUUUCUCUGUCAUGGUUGAUUCUGUGAUGCAGGCACGACACUAGUGUCACCUGAUUUCAGCCGUUGGAUUUAGUGUAUUUAAUGAGUUCUAUUUAUUAUCAACCACCACUAGUGUAUUGAACCUAUUAUAUUUGGUUAAACCUAUUUUAUUUUACAUUUAAAUCCUUCACAUGAUAGCUGCAAUCUCCGGCAAUCAGAUCUCUCCCUUAACCAAAAACUCAAUCCCCUCAUCUUCUUCUGCCUUUCAUCUCAUUACUUUACCCCCAAAAAUGGCAACGCCCAUUCCACAUACAUUCUGUGAGCACUGUGUGGAAUACAAUUCACACACCGUG